AUGCCAUCCACCUACCUUCAGUCUCUCCAAAAAGAGGGGUUCGUCGUCAUCCCCUCUUUAAUCCCACCCUCCUCCAAAGAGUUCGCAACUCUCAAACAAGCCGCCACAACGGCCACAACCAACACCCGCACGGGCACCUGGCCUUACUUCCGCACCGUCCCCAAGCAGUUUCCCCCAUGGCCAACAAACGUCCCCCCACCAGCCUCCGAGGGUGGAAUAUGGGGCGUCCAGCAUCUCCUGCACCCCGACAUGCCAGGUCGGGAAGAAUUCGCCAAAUUCUACUUCGAUGAGCGGAUCUUGAGCGUUGUCGAGGAACUGCUUGGCUUGGAUUUGGCUGAGAACGACGAGAAGCUCGUAAUGGAACUCUUCAAUCUACUGGUCGCACCAGAAACGCACGACUUUGCGCUCCGCUGGCACCGCGACGAUAUCCCCGAGACCGCGUCGCCAGACGAGGAGGAGAAGCUCCUCGCUUCAAAAAGCCCCGGCGGUCGGCAGUCGCAUGCGCAAUACAAUCUCGCGCUCUGCGACGAUGCGUCUCUAAUUGUGGUUCCUGGCUCGCAUCGCCGGGUGCGCACCGAGACGGAGCGCAAUGCGGAUCCGUACGAGAAUGAACUUCCGGGCCAGCUGGUUGUGGAGUUGAAAGCGGGGGAUGCGGUGUUUUAUGAUAGUAAUAUUUUGCACCGCGGGGUGUAUAAGGCGAAGGAGGAGGGUGGGGAGGAGUCGAGGUUGACGUUGCAUGGGAGUGUGGGGAUUAAGGAGACCGAUGGAGGCGAAGGGGAUGGAAGUAAGAAGGUGAGGGCCACGGCGGUGCUGCAGCAUGGGGUUGGGGCUUGGGUGCACAGAGGGGAUGCGGCUUUCGGGGUUGGGGGGAGGGCCGAGAAGAUGAGGGCGAAUUUGGUGGCCAUGGGAACAGGGGAGGGCGUUGGAUAUUCUUUGCAAGGAUGA